AUGUCCGAAUCAGCCGGUGGCCCUGGCACCCCUUUUGACUCGCGAAUCUUCUCCCGAGUUGAGGGAUCAAGGUCGAUUUGGCAGGACCGGCCCAAGUCGCAGCAUUUUUACUCGCAGUCUGGUGCUGUCAAUGGCGGCGCCGGUAGCCCGUUUCCGGCGGUGAAUACCGCUUCGUCGAGCUCGGCCUCGUUGAUUGGUUCGGGCGCUGCUGCUGGCGCGUCCAAUUCGUCGUCAUCGUCUUCGUCGCUGUAUUUACCGUUCCAGUCUGACCAGCAGCAGCUGACUGGCGAGUCGGUUCCAGUUCCGGUUUCGUCAGCGUCAUCAUCGUCGUCGCCAGGUACAGCUUUUAGGUCCCGUGCAAGAGCAGGAACUCUGCCCUCAAGACUGUCACCAGGUUUGAUUGGCUCUAGAGGAAUCGGUUCUGGUAUUCCUGGCGUUUCUGGUGCUAACAGUAUCGGAUUGAAUGCCCCGUCGUUGUCCGGUUUGUCGAGUAACUCGUCGUCUUUGGGCAGUUUAGCGCUGCUGGGCCCGGAUAACUCGUCGCCUGUCGAGUCGCCUAUUAUCAAACCACAGAUUUCUCACAAAUCGUCGUCGAGUUCCGUGUCAAUAUCCAUUUAUGAAGACCAGCCACUGUCUCCGUUUCCUCAGAUUCCUCAGAGAUCUGGAGCUGCUGCCGGUCCUGUUAGUCAGGGCUCGCUCGGUUCGUUGGGCUCAAUAGCUUCGGUUUCGACUACUGCAUUACCUUCAAAUAACCCGGUAACUUCGAGUAUAGGAGGUCCAGCCGGUCCUGGCUCGGCUUCUCGUCUUAGAUCCGGUUCGUUGAAUCUUCUUCCUGAAAAUAGACCUUCGUUUGCCCCAUUUGGCCCUUCAAUUUGGGCUUCUUCGACCUCGUCUUCUUCAGUUGAAACCACUACUAACACCACCACCAGCACCAAAAAUAAUGAGUCUGCUCGUUUGAAUAAUGUCAGUAGUGUUUUUAAUGACCAAUUGACGGGUGUCGGUGCGAGUGCUGCUCCAGAGAAUGUCGACUCUCAGAACGACCCAAUGCAGCCUUUUUUGACCGAGCUGUCUCUUAGAACCGAUGUUAAUAGACUGAGAUCGUACACUCUGACGAGCCCUGCGUAUCCUUUUGAGGUCGAUGAUGGUGUCGAUGAGUCGUACUAUCAGCAGCAGAGGCUACAACAGCAGCAGCAGCAUCAGCUACAUCAGCAACAGCACCAACAACAACAGCAACAACAACAACAACAGCAACAACAUCAACAACAACAUCAGCAACAUCAACAACAUCAACAACAUCAACAUCAUCAUCAUCAGCAUCAACAGUUUCAAUACCAACAACAAAACCAACAACAAAAUCAGAUCCCCGUGUCUAUGGCCGGUAGGGCCCAUUUACAUAACCUGCUAAGUCCAAAUCGACCAAGAGCUCAGACUGUGACGGCUGGUUUGGAGCACGGAGGCAGUGGCCAGUACUCGAGAUUCAAGCCCCAACCGCCUCAAGUGCUACUUCGUCAACAACAGCAACAGCAGCCACAAGAACAGCAGCAGUUGCAUUUACACCAGCAACAGCAACAACAGCCACAGGUACAGGUGCAAUAUCAACAACAAACACCGCUGCAACAACUUCAACAACCCCAGUCACAGCAGUCGCAAAUUCCCGAGUCACAACAACAACAGUUUAAUCAACAACUUGAAUACCUCGAUAACUCAAAUAUUAACAGUUCUUUUGAAGACUCGACUGGACCAACUCGGUCACUAUGGCUCGGUAAUUUGCCUCCCUCGACUACCUCGUACACUUUACAAGCCAUCUUCUCCGGGUAUGGAGCUAUUGAGUCUGCACGCGUCUUGACUCAUAAACAGUGUGGAUUUAUCAAUUUCUCCUCGGUUGAGAGUGCUGUACAAGCUAGAGCGGUGCUUAAUGGUAAAGAGUUGUUUCCUGGAUCUGGCCCUUGUCGAGUUGGUUAUGCCAAAGUAAUGGCUGCCACUCAAAUUUCUGGUCAUAACCGGUCUCAAUCCAACUCUCCUGAACUUGCUGACCAAUCUAAUAAUUCCAAUAGCACUAAUGAGGUUGAAUAUGCUGUAGUUGAUAGAGAGUCGACUUCAACUGGUACCAACGGCACUAAUAACAAUUCCGCCAUGAUUGAUAAACCAAAAGCCCUGUCAGAAAUUGCUAAUGACAUGGCUGCAAUUGUUACUAGCCUUGGUGCUGAUAGUCAAGAGUCAGAUGCUACUGCUGCUUCUAUUAAACGAGCUUUGACAUUUACUGACUUUAAAUCGGAAAUUCCUCCUGUCAACGAACCCAAAGCUGAUCGUGUUUAUGAUGCACCAACACUUCGUGAAGUUCGUAAAAAGGUUGAUAGUGGCACAUGCAGUCAGCAAGAAAUUGAUGAAAUUGCCCUUGAUUUGCUCGACGAGAUUGCCGAUUUGGCCAGUGAUUAUGUCGGUAAUACCGUAGUACAGAAACUUUUUGACAGUUGCUCGGAGAGCGUCAAGGAUCUGAUGUUGGUUCAGAUUGCUCCAUUUCUGGCACAAAUUGGUGUUCACAAGAACGGAACAUGGGCUGCUCAGAAAAUCAUUGAUGUUGCUGCUACAAAGCGUCAAAUUAACAUGAUUUGCGACGCCCUGAGACCAUAUACAGUUCAUCUGUUUGUUGACCAGUUUGGCAACUACGUCAUUCAGUGUUGUUUGAAGUUUGGUGGACCAUGGAAUGAUUUUAUUUUCGAGACCAUGUUGUCGCAGUUUUGGGAAAUCGCCCAAAGCCGGUUUGGUGCUAGAGCUAUGAGAGCCUGUCUCGAAAGUCAUUAUGUAAGCAAACAACAACAGAGAAUGUUGGCUGCUGCAAUUACAUUGCAUGCUGUUCAACUCGCCACUAAUACUAAUGGUGCUCUAUUGCUUACUUGGUUCCUGGAUACUUGUACAUUGCCCAAUCGUCACUUGAUUCUGGCUCCAAGAUUAACUCCCGAUAUUGUGGCUUUGUGCACCCAUAAAUUGGCUUCUUUGACGGUGUUAAAGGUCGUCAACUACAAAGCUGAAUCUGGAGCUCGUCAAUUGCUAUUUGACAUCUUGUUUUAUUCUGAUAGCGACAAGAUCCUUGAUGAAAUUAUUAGUGAUCCUUCUCACGGUGCUUCAUUUGUAUAUAAGAUUGUUUCGGCACCGUUGUUGCUUGAAGGACAGGAUCGCCAGGUGGCUUUGAAUAAGAUUCGCAAGAUUCUCAUUGCUAAUAAAGCCUUACCAAGCCAGGGUUACAAGCGAUUGAUGGAUGAAGUUGGACUUUCUACAAGAUCUAGUAAUACCCCUAGCAAUGGUAACGGCAACAAUUCUAACGGGUCAGGAGCUGCAAACAGCUUCCAACAAUCACCAACCAAGCGUAGAAGUGGUCUCAGCACUACAAAUAUCGGUAAUGGUGGUAAUUCUAGAGUGUCUGUGCCUACUCAUCAAAAGAUCCAGCCACAACUUCAACAACCACAACAUCAUCAGCAUCAACAGCAGCAACUUCAACCACAACAACAGCAACUGUUUUACUCACAAGUGUCUGCUAAACCUCAACCAAUGAUGUCUCAUCAAAUUUUUGAUAAUGGCGUGUACGGAUACGAUUCUUUCCAAGAACAAUCUGUUCCCGUGCCUUAUGAAACAAAUAUGGCUGCCUUCAAUCAACAGUUUGAUCAACUUAUGCUGAACAAUAAUGGACCUCAACAAUAUCAAUAUCCAGUUGACGGAGCCUUGGCCACUAAUGUUGGUUCUGGACCAAUGUCGGGUCCUGGUCAGAUUCCUGAAUAUUUCAACAAGGGUCCUGGUUUCAUGCCCCCUCCUCCACCUCCUCAGGGAAUUAUGAAUUCAAACAUGGGUGGCUAUGUACCUUCUAUUGUCCAAUUAGAGGAUAGAUCUGGAGCUUCCGAUUCAUCUGGUGUAGGUUCUGCUGUUUCUGAUGGGUAUUGGUUUUCUUUAUGCAUUGAUUCGGUGUCCACUUGGAUAGGGUCUGUAACAGUUUCCUCAGCUGGCUCUUCAACUGGCUCCUCAGCUGGUUCCUUGACUAGCUCUUCGACUGGUUCCUCAGCUGGUUCCUCGAUUGGCUCCUUGACUGGCUCCUCGACGGGUUCCUCGAUUGACACCUCGAAUGGUUCCUUGAUCUCCUUGACUGCUUCCUCAACUGGAUCUUCAACUGGCUCAUCAACUGGCUCCUCAAUUGACUCUUCUACUGGCUCUUCAACCGGCUCAUCGACUGGCUCCUCGACUGGCUCUUCGACUGGCUCCUCGACUGGCUCUUCGACUGGCUCCUCGACUGGCUCUUCGACUGGCUCUUCGCCUGGCCCUUCGACUGGCUCCUCGACUGGCUCUUCGACUGGCUCCUCGACUGGCUCUUCGACUGACUCUUCAACUGGCUCUUCAACUGGCUCUUCGGCUGACUCUUCAACCGGCUCAUCAACUAGCUCUUCGGCUGACUCUUCAACCGGCUCAUCAACGGGUUCGCCAACGGGCUCUUCGAUUGGCUCAAUAACCUCCUCGACGCUUUCCACUAAUACCUGCUUCGUUCUCUUUAAAACCUCUCCUGGCUGA